UUGUAAAUUGCGGUAUAUGUAGCCUAUACGGAUAUUAUAUAUAUAUUAUAUGAUGAACUUGCGGUUUACAGUUUAAAAACUUAAGUCCCACGACGAUACGCUGCAAAACACGUACAAACAGUAGGCCUACAAAAAAUGUCGUUUCAAUGAUGUGUCACAUGGCAACUGCGUAGUUUGAUCACAAAGCAGGACUAUGCAUCUUUAUCCAAACGGAACGAUGCCUUGAGCAAUAUACGAACAUUCUUCGAUGGAUUAUAGCCAGGAAAAACGAAAUCCAUGUCCUCGAUGACAAUAGAAGAUGUUUAAUCCUAGCGUCUCCUUUAAGAAAUCUUUUUUUUCUCUCUCUAGAAUAACUAAUGACGCUGUCCCGUGCUGUAAACACGGUCGACGCUGUGCUGCGUGGUCUGGCAGCCCGGAUCGAGAUCUCGGGGUACUGUAUUUAUCUAGUGACAGGACCAUUUAAAACCGUGAUUCACCUCGCGUCUCAUAUGCAAACCCUAAAACCCAAACGGUGCAUCCUCUGUACGAAGUGCAAUGGCUAGAAAGACGGACAUUCCUUCUUCUUACUAUGGUGAGCCAAGGAAGUUCGACCCAGCUUUCAGAGGACCCGUUCACAACAGGAGCUGUACUGACGUGGUGUGCUGCGUUAUCUUCAUCAUCGGCAUCCUCGGCUACAUCGCGCUGGGAAGCGUGGCCUGGAUCCAUGGAGACCCACGGAAGGUGGUCUUCCCGACCGACAGCCACGGACAGUUCUGCGGCCAGCAGGGGACCAACAAUGCAAACAAAGCCAUAUUAUUCUACUUCAACAUCCUGCGGUGUGCCAGCCCUUCUGUCCUCAUCAACCUCCAGUGCCCCACCACACAGCUCUGUGUUUCAAAGUGCCCAGACAGAUUUGCAACGUACCGAGAGAUGAAACGCAACUACAAAAACUGGGAAUACUACAAGCAGUUCUGCAGGCCAGGCUUCGAUAAUCCUGACAAGCCCGUGGAUCAGGUGCUGCGAGACGAAGACUGUCCGUCCAUGAUCGUCCCUAGCAGACCAUUCCUACAGCGGUGCUUCCCUGACUUCAUCACGAGGAACGGCACCUUGACGGUCCGCAACCAGAGGAGCUUCCAAGACGGCGACGGCGUGACCAGGAGCGUCGCCGACCUCCGGGACGCAGCAAAGGACGUCAGGACAACUGUCUCAGGUGGUAUCGCUAGUCUGCUGGAUGCCAAAGAGGUUGGCAUGAAGAUCUUUGAAGAUUAUGCCAGUUCCUGGUACUGGAUCCUCAUUGGGCUGGUGAUCACCAUGGUGGUUAGCCUUCUCUUCAUCCUGCUGCUGCGGUUCACCGCGGGCGUGCUGCUGUGGCUCGUUAUCUUCGGAGUCCUCGCCGCUCUGGGUUACGGUAUCUGGCACUGUUACUGGGAGUUCAGCUCGCUGCGAGGGAACUCUGAUGCUGAUGUCACCCUCUCCCAGAUCGGUUUCCAGGCAGACUUCAGCAUUUACCUGCAGCUCAGUCAGACCUGGCUCGUCUUCAUGAUCUCUCUCUCUGUAAUUGAGGCCAUCAUUAUCCUCAUCCUGAUAUUCCUGAGGAACAGAAUACGCAUCGCUAUUGCACUUCUAAAAGAGGGAAGCAGGGCUAUCGGCUACAUCAUGUCCACUCUUUUCUACCCAAUUAUCACCUUUUUUCUUCUGGCGAUCUGCAUAGCCUACUGGGCCAUGACAGCUGUCUUCUUGUCAUCGUCGGGCGAUGCUGUCUACAAGGUCAUGUCCACGCAGUCCAAAUGCGUCUAUGCCAACCAGACAUGUGACCCAGAGACCUUCAGCCAGAGCAGCCUGCCCGUCGCCUGCCAGGGCUCCCAGUGUGCGUUCGCCUUCUACGGGGGGGAGAGCCUGUACCACCGCUACAUCCUGCUGCUGCAGCUCUGCAACCUCUUCCUGUUCCUGUGGCUGGUCAACUUCACCAUCGCCCUGGGCCAGUGCACGCUGGCCGGGGCCUUCGCCUCCUACUACUGGGCCCUGAAGAAGCCCCAGGACAUCCCUCCCUUCCCGCUCUUCUCCUCCUUCGGCAGGGCCAUCAGGUACCAUACAGGUUCCUUGGCCUUUGGUGCAUUGAUACUGGCUGUCGUGCAGUUUUUCAGAAUUGGGCUGGAGUAUCUUGACCAUAAACUUAAAGGUUCCCAUAAUGCAUUUACCCGAUUCCUGCUCUGUUGCCUGAAAUGCUGCCUUUGGUGCCUGGAGCGCUUCAUCAAGUUUAUGAACAGGAACGCGUACAUCAUGAUAGCGAUAUACGGGAAGAACUUCUGCACGUCAGCCAAGGACGCCCUCUUCCUGUUGAUGAGGAACGUUGUGAGGGUGGCGGUUCUGGACAAGGUGACGGACUUCCUGCUCUUCUUGGGCAAACUGCUUAUUUCAGGGAGUGUUGGUGUUCUGGCAUUUUUCUUCUUUACCCGUAAAAUACCAGUCAUUCAAGAGGAGGUGCCGUCUCUUAAUUAUUACUGGGUCCCUCUGCUGACUGUGAUAUUCGGUUCAUACCUGGUGGCCCAUGGCUUCUUCAACGUCUACGCCAUGUGUGUGGACACGCUGUUCCUCUGCUUCUUGGAGGACCUCGAAACAAACGACGGUUCUGCGGCCCGGCCCUUCUUCAUGAGCAACUCCUUGAAGAACCUUUUCAACAAGAGCAACAGCAGACAACCCAACAUCGCCAAUGGCAAAGCUGGAAGUGUGAAACUUACAAAGUCAGGGAAAACCAGGCACCGAUGAUAUAGCUAUGGCCUAUAAGGGAUGAAUAGAUUUCAAAGUACAACGUUUGCCAGUUUUUUUUUGGUAUAAUUUUGGAUUAUAUGUACUGCAUCGUAUGUGGUUUCCAGUUUUCACCACUGGGUGGUGCUAAAUGUAACAUAAACCUUUCAGAUUUAUCACCAUUCCGUUCUUAAAGGUCCCAUGACAUGCAACAAGGUGUGAGUGUGGUUAGCCUUACAAGCCUUAGGACAUCACAAGUGGGGUAGUCCACCUAGAUGUGUGCUGGAUAGAUCAGUCUACCAGCCUACCCAGUGGACUUUAGCAAACGUUGCUCAUCUAUCCGGCACACAUCUAGGUGGACACACCCACUUGUGAUGUCAUAAGGGGCAGAUUUAAAAACGGCCGGUAAUGCUAAUCACCCUCACACCUGGUGGUAUGUCAUGCUACCUUUAAACGCUAAAUUUAGUCAUCAUGCAUGGAAUACCUUCAUAAUUAUAACGGUGUUGAAUUACCGCAUAAUAGUUGGCUGCCAUAUACAAUAUCUAACUGUAAUUUAGAUAUUUUAUAUCGAAAUAAGUUUAUAUAUAUUGUACUAUAAUAUUUAAUAUUGUUUUCAAUGUAUUGCGGAACUUCAUGAAGGGAUCAGUAUUAAUGUUUUUGUUUUAUCCAAAAGUGUAGCGAGAAAAUAUGAAGAACACAUUUUGCUCAGGUUUGUAGGCCCGGUAGAGCCCAUAAGACCUAUGAGAUCGAAAAAUAUGAAUCGGUUUCAAUGGAGAGAAAGUAAUUAUUUUCUGGUCCCAGUCUUUAUAUGCCCCGGAUUACACAUACGUUUGUGGAUUUAAAUGAUAAUAUUUAAUGUCAAGAGAUUGACCGUUUAUUGUGCAAUUGUUCAGUUAAAGGCUGUAGAGAAAACACAAUGAGAAAGACUACAUGACUCGUAUGUGCCGUCACGCUCCCUGCGACUGGCGUGGGCAAGACCGCCAAUCUCCCCAUCGGCAUAACUGAAACUCCUCACAUGCCCCAACUUAUAAUGGUUUUCACCUCUUUUGAUGCUUUUAUCCUCCCCUUGGAAGAAACCUAACAUCAUCAAUCUUCUUCGCAAAUUUUAUUAGUUUUCUUUGCAUGAAAAAUAAUCAUUUAAAUGGGCUCUACCGGAAGGGGCGUGACUUCGCCACUCUAUAGCUCAGGGUACAGCUCUAUGUAUAGGACGUUAUUUUGUGAUGCAUCUAUAGACUGUAUGAAAUAUGCAACAGCCAACUUACAUGUUUUUGUAACAUAUCUCAGUCCUUAAUGCAGUACAUUGGAAUGUAUAAUUCCAAUAUUUAUGUAUCUAUAUCUCCCUCUGGCUUUAACUCUAUGCUUAUUAUCACAUUCAUCUCUUGUACUCUUUACUUACUUAAUGGAUUUAUGUGUGUGUUACUAUCGUGUUAUUUAUACAUUUAACAGAUGAGAAUGUUGAAUGCGCUUUUCAUAUUUUUUAUAUAAAUUAUAUAUAUAUAAUGUAUCAAUAUAGUGGGAGUAUAAUUUGUACAGAUCAUUCACUAUGUAUGUAAAGCAGUGGAAAAUAAUGCCCAUUUGUGAUUGGGUGGUUAUGAUUAUAAUUAGGAAAUAGUUGAGUGAAAGGUUUUAGUUUUAUAUCAUCCUUUAAAUUACCAUAUCAAAUAUCCCUGAGUUGCUCUGUUUAGAAAGGUAUUUGGAUUCAUGAAAAUAUUGUGAUAUAAAAGUCCCUUUCUUACCUCAUAAAGUCCUUGUUGUUUUUUUAUUCCAUUACAACAUUGUAGCAUUCAGAAAAACAUCAAAAUUAUUUAUUACAAAGAUUGCUGCACUUUUCAGAGGCUACCGAUUCAUUCUUCACUGUCUAUAUUAUAUCAUAUGAGGGGGACAAGGCUUUGUCAUACCAAUGUGUAUUCUAUCAUACAGCUACAAAAUAAUAACUUAAAGCUAGGGUAGGCACCUUGGAAGAUAACAGCCAGAGUUAGCUAGAUUUUGAAAGUCCUAUCCAACCGAAAAGAUCGCUCCCCUCCCUUCAGGCCUCCCUCCAAAGCCACUCUCCGAAAACUAGCAACUAGCUCGCUAGCUUUAGCAAUCGGUUCGACAGGCCUUAUG